GUCCCGCCUCCCCUUUUAUCAGCCGUCGAGUGGCCAUCCUGGAAGCCGAACAUCGCGGGGGACCCUGCGUCGAUCGCUCGCGCGGAUCACAAAGGCUAUGAAUGAAGAUCCAAGCCUUCUAUCUCGAGAUUUUGGGUGUGCUGUUACUUUCCGUAAUCCCGUGGCCGGGGCCGAGCGUGUUCCAGAUAUCAUGUCCCCGAAGUCGUGCCUCUUUGGUGAGGAGAAUCAUUCACAAGAAAUGGAUUCCCGUGUUGAAGAGGUAUCAAGUGGAGUUGCCGUUGGAGUGUCCCUUCCACAAGAGCCGAGAUAUCUUUUAUCCCCAGCAAGAAGCGAAACAUCAGCACAGACCUUCCCAAUGGACGUGCGGAUUGUGCGGGAAAUCCUUUUACACCGAGGCCCACCUGGACGCCCACUUUGACGGCAGGCAUAGAAACGUCGUCAACACCGCGGAGGACGCCGUGUGCCUGGCCGACUACUGCGACAUAAUGCGAUGCGACGUCCUGGGAAGCCGCGACCUGGAGGAGGCCUCGCUCGACGAGCCGGGUCCCGUCAACACGGACAUCCAGGUGUGGAGCGAGGCGGUCAGCAGCAGCGCUCGGACCUCGUGCGACCGUCGCGACGUGCAACGGACGUGCCGAGAAGCUUCCCGCCGGGAGAGCUCCUCGGCCCUGACGAGCUUCCGCCGCUUCUGCCGAAGAGGCUCCUCGCCCCCUCACCGGGAGCUCGCGGGCCCCGACAACAAGAGCAGCUCCUGCGACAGCGCGCUCGCCGACGAGGACGACCCCGAGGACGACCCCGAGGACGACCCCGAGGGCGACGCCAAGCGGACCGACGACGGGAGCAACAUGGUCGAGGCCGGCUUGCCGCCCAACACGAAAAACAAGGGCCAGCAGCGCAGGCAAAAGUCGACAUGCAAGCCCGAGGAACUGCACAAACUCAAGUUGCAAUGCGAAACCCUGAUCCGUGACUGCAUCGCAGGGCUUCUGACGAACUUGUCGGUAGGAGACUUUCAGGAAAUCGAGGGAGAACUGAAUCGGGCAAUCUGCUGGUACCUGAGCUGCGACAGAUAUUGGGAAGACAAUCGGAAGCAACAACAGCGAAUGCCCUGGUACCUUUUACUCGCGUUCCUUUUACUCCUCUCCACGGGACUGUCCGUCUGUUACUACGUUAUUUGGAUGCUCUUCAGCUCCGGCGACGAGCCGGCGAACGACGAGACGUCGAGGAAUCCGGAUUUCGGCAACUCCAAGGACUGCCCUGGAGCGUCUUUGCAGACAUCCGGAGAUCCUACGGAAAAGGCAGAUGAACGUCAGUUAAACAUCGCCGAAGAUCCAUCCUUCCCGGCAGGAGACAUCCCGGAUCACUACAUAUACGUGGCUUAUCCUCCCGAGCUGAAACGUCGUCUAUUGGAAAGCUGUUACAACAGAACGACCCGGCUGUAAAGGAGUGCAAUCUUCCCCCUCAAUCGAGAAAAGAGAGUCGGUGACUCUAUCCGAUCCGAAUGACAUCCAAAAGAUGCUCCAUAGAUAUUCCCAGUUUUCUAUGUAACACGGCAUAUCGGUGAGCUAAAUAAAUUUUUCGACCAUUCCGAAAACCCUGCCAGCCAUUCGUCGGUUUACCCUUUGUUACGGAUUUAUCGCGUUCGAAGAGGUCGAGGCAAAAUGGGGACCUUCCGUUCCGUUAUCGCGAAUCCUACUUAAUGGUUCUUCGGGUCAUCGCGGGACAUUUCGUGUAAUUUUAUCAUGCUCGUAGCUGAGGAAUCGGUGCAAGGUGGCGUCCCAGCGGACGAGGAGGGCAUCGAGGCGGUCUCGCGCUCGGUUUACGAACGAGGCGACUCUUUUUCUUCCUAUCUAACGUCUCUCUA